AUGUUUGCGAAAUAUUUGGAAAAUUUCGUAACUCUUCUCCGCGAGAUCCGAGAAGCCUUCGCCCCCAAGGGCCACAUCUUGACCAUCGCCGUCUCGGCCAUCCCCAUCGACGCCGCCUACGACAUCCCCGGCAUGUCCCAAAACGUGGACAUCAUCAACCUCAUGACCUACGACUUCCACAUUCCUGGGGGCGGCGUCGCCGCCGAAAACUCCCCCCUUUAUUGGGGCGGCGCCGACACCCCAUGGCAGAAAGAGUACGAAAACGUCAAUUCGACCGUGGUCAACUGGGUCAACGCUGGGGCAGACCCAUCGAAACUUACCAUUGGGUUGGCCUUCUAUGGGCACACUUUCCAGCUGGCUGACCCGGCACACCACGACCUGGGGGCGCCGGUCAUCGACGCCGGCAUGUCGGGGCCCUACACCAAAGGCUACGGCAUCAUGGGCUUCAACGAGAUUUGUGAGUUUACCGGUGAUUGGACGAGGGUGUUUGACGACCAACAGAAAGUCCCAUACAAGUAUAAAGACGACCAAUGGAUUGGCUAUGACGAUGAGGAGUCAGUGGCCUUGAAGGUUAAGUUUGCAAAAGAGCACAAUAUGGCGGGACUUAUGAUUUGGACGGUCGAUAUGGACGAUUUUUUGGGUCUGUGUGGGCCCAAAAAUGGACUUCUUCAAGUGAUUAAACAAAAUUUGUAAUAAAUAAAAUAAAAUUUAUUUGUUUC